AUGGAGACACUGGACGUGUUGAUCAUUGGAGGAGGGCCACACGCUCUCACCCUGGCCACUCUGCUCUCACACCCUGGUGAGGGACAGGACUCAUUGUGCACUGCCGACUCAUCAGCACAGAAGCCCAUCAGCAGCAAGCGACACCACGGCAGGAGAAGGAAGAGAUUUCAAAGCCCUGAGGUCUCAUCGCCUCUUGCCCAAACCCCAAGUGUGAAGCCUCAGCUCUCGCUCCAGGUGGUGGACUCGUACGGUGUGUGGACCACUUUAUGGCAGAGUCAGUUCCAAGCUCUGAGCAUCCCUCACCUGCGCUCACACACACUGGUCCACACCGACCCCCUCAACAAGAAAUCUCUGCAGGAGUUUAUUGUGAAGCACAACCGAUCGGGAGAGCUUCACAGUCUUCCGGAUCAAGUCUAUAUUUUGGAUGAAAACGCAUUUUUCAACGACAUGAGGCUCGGCAAGAAAGAGCAGCGGCGCCUGAACGUCAGCUCCACGCUCAAGAAGAGCUUGUCCUUCAGUUUACCGGGAACAGAACUCUGCGUGGACUUUUUUCAAAACCAGGUGGAGCGAUAUGAGCUGAACAAGUUGCUGAUGCAGGGCACAGUGUUGAGUAUCACCCCUCUGAUCGAUGACCUGGGUAAAGUCAGUUGUUUCCAAGUCAAGCUUCAUGACGGGCGCGUGUUAGAGGCACGUCGGGUCGUCAUGGCGACAGGUCCGACGCGCGCCCAGAUGGCCAACAUCCCAUCCUGGGUGCUCAGCAUUGGCGAGAGCUAUCCUGAGGAGCGCCUGCAGCACACUGUGCAGCUCAUGCACCAGCUGACUCAGCAGGUUUCUGGAGAACCAAAGCCCCAGACACAGGUGUGGGUGUGUGAAGCAGGACAGAGGGUAAUGGUGGUGGGUGGUGGUCUUACCAGCGCCCAUGUCGUCUCCCUCGCCCUCCAGCAGGGUGCCAGUCAUGUGACGUGGGUGAUGAGGAAGUACCUACAGCUGAAGCAGUUCGACGUGGGUGACGUGGAGAGUCUGGUGGGUCGGUAUUCUCACGUGGAACACGGCAUCAAAAUGGACGGCCAGGCCUUCCUCAGGCAGUUCUACAACGAGAGAAGUCUGCACAAGCGCUUGGCAAUGAUCCGGCAGGCCAGGAAAGGAGGUGCUGUCACACCAGAGGCCUACGUCCAGAUACAGCCCUUCAUUGUGAGCGGACGGGUGGACCUGAAGCCCUACUGCCAGGUGAGUGAAGCGAGCUGGUGCUACAAGGCACAGACCUGGAGCCUUUCCCUCAGUACCGGGCACCGCUGGACUGGCGACAUGAUCUGGCUCGCGACUGGCUGCAAACUUGAUGUGAGGCAGGAUCCACUGCUGUCUGAGGUGAUGAAGGAGUUUCCCAUCCAGGUCAUGGACGGCUGGCCGUGCAUAGCCGAGAGCUUACAGUGGGCUGAGGGAUGCCCACUGUACCUGAUGGGACAGUACACCGCUCUUCAGGUCGGACCUCAUGCAGUGAACUUGGCCGGUGGCCAGGCUGCCAGCGUGAGAAUAGCCAAAGACAUUCUGAGUCAACAACUGCAGCCGACCAGCGUGGAAGCACCGGAACACGUCCGAGGAAAAUCCAGAACUGAGGAGUACAUUCAACACAUGCGCGGAAUGUUGUGGCUUUAGUUAUGUCUUUGUAUUGAGAAUUUUUGUCUAAAAAAUAAAUAAAUC